AUGUCCUCAAGGCAAGAUUUCACCCCAGAAAGGUAGGUGACACAAGAUACAUGCUUUUCAAACAUAAGUCAUGUUAGAAGUUGUUGAAAAGGUUAAGUAAAUAAUUGGUAACAUAUUGUUUGUUUGGAGAACCACAUGUUUUUUAGAACAGUACACUUUUGGGGGGUGGGGAACUGUAUUUUGGUUCAUGUGUUGGUUCAAGGAUUGCAGUUUGGAUAACUUUCCCAUUCGAAUGUCAACAAAACCAAAUUUCUCCUCCAUACCUUUUGGCAGACAGCCCCCAUAAAGGAAUAUGGACAUUGUCCUAAAAAGACAAGGUUUGUUACCCAUGAGAUAUAUGGACCGUUGAUCUGAUUGAGUAUAAGAUGUCUUCCUUAAUUCUUAUUCUGAACAAUUAUAAGGAUGAUUUUUAUUUGUAGUUGCCACUCUUGUCCGUCUAAACUGCACCCCAAAAAGCCUAACACACAGUACUGAGGUAGGGUUCUUAGGCAUCACUUUGAAUCUGGUUUAUCUGGAAAUAUCUGUGAUACUUCUAAUUUAACAUUAUGAGUUCCAUACUCGCAGUAUUAGUAGUUGCUCUCCAACACAUCCAAAAUCUGAAUGUAUUAUUUUCUUUCCAGACAUGGUUGACUGUGUUGCAUGCCCAAAGGACCACUAUCCACACAGGAACCAAUCACAAUGUGUUCCAAAGACCAUCAGCUUCCUGUCUGUUCAAGAGCCUCUGGGGAUGAGCUUAGCAUUGUUUGCUCUUUAUCUCUCUCUCCUCACACUGGUGGUCCUAGCCAUUUUCAUUAAACAUCAGGACACACCCAUUGUCAGAGCAAACAAUCGGGACCUCACCUAUGCUCUCCUCACUUUCCUCCUGCUCUGCUUCCUCUGCCCAUUGAUCUUCCUCAGCCCUCCAGAAAGAGUGAGCUGCCUGCUCCGACAAAUGGCUUUUGGCCUUGUUUUCACAGUGACCGUUUCUUGUGUUCUGGCCAAAACGAUCACAGUGGUUCUGGCCUUUGUGGCCACCAAACCAGGAUCUAGAAUGAGGAAAUGGGUGGGGAAAAGACUGGCAAGCGCCAUUGUGAUUUCUUGUUCUCUUAUUCAAGCUGGCAUUUGCACUGUGUGGUUAGGAACCUUUCCCCCAUCCCCUGAUUCUGACAUGAACUCUGUGAUGAGAGAAAUCAUUUUAGGCUGCAACGAAGGGUCAGUUGCCCUCUUUUACUGUGUCCUGGGCUACAUGGGCUUUUUGGCCAUUAUUAGCUUUGUUGUGGCAUUUUUUGCCAGGAAACUGCCUGAGAGCUUCAAUGAGGCCAAAUUCAUCACCUUCAGCAUGUUCUUGUUUUGUAGUGUUUGGAUCUCGUUUGUUCCAGUGUACCUGAGCACCAAGGGGAAAUACAUGGUGGCUGUGGAGAUCUUCUCCAUCUUGGCCUCCAGUGCUGGCUUACUAGGUUCCAUCUUUGCUCCCAAAUGCUACAUCAUUUUGUUGAGGCCUGAUCUGAACAGCAAGGAGCAGUUAAUAAAGAGGAAAUAGCAAAUAUAAUCUCUCUUUAUUUACAUCAUAUAAUUAUGCUGUAUUCUAUCUCUUACAACUGUUAUGUGCAAUUCUUUUAAAUAUCCACUAUUGGCCUCUUUACAACAGGUGUCUCCAAACUCUUUUCUCCCUAAGAUUCAUUUGGAAUACUAAGAAGCUAUGAUGAGUACCACAAAAUAUUGAUGCCUGACAACCUUAGAGGGUAAUUGAUUAGGAAGUGGCCAAGGAAAAACAAUAUAUUUAGAGGCAAUUAAAAAACAAACAAACACGUGUCAUUCCUUUCUAGGUUAUUUUCCCAUAAAGAAGGUUUCAGUAGAGUUGCUGCCUCAUGAUUAACCAGUGCCAGUGAUUUCAGUACAGCCACUCCACACUUAAUUGGGCGUUAUGUUCCGAACAUCAAUGAACAUCUGCUGCUCUUUCUCCAUUCCAGAUCCAAAAUACUGCAGCAAAAUAAACACAUCUAAAAUGUUGAGGGCUGGAUCGAGGCUGGAGUCUUUGGAAAACUAAAAAACUCUAAUAGGUACCACAAAAUAUGCAGGCCUGACUAGAACAUCCAAGGGUGAUUGAUUAGAAACUGAAUAAGAUUCCCCAAGAGAAUCUCACCCCAGUCUUUAGCCUGUCUUAGUAUAAAUGUCAUUAAAUUAAUGAACAGAUGUUCAGGUGUGAAAUUUUAGCUCAGAUUAAUCAUUUCCACGGUCAAGUGAGGCAUUUCAGCAUUGAUGGCAGUGUAUUCUACACGCCCUUCUGUUGUCCCGUAAUGGGACAGAAGCCACUUUGAAUGAAACAUCAGAAACAUGGUGUGUGGUUUUUUUUUGUCAUCUGUUUCAUUUUCCUGAUGUAAAGAGAGCUAGUUAUUAUCUCAUCUGUAAUUAUUACUCUCAUAAUUACUAACUGUCUCUUGGAUAAUGUCUCAGUAGAUUUCCAGAGAAUAAAAGUCAAAGUCUAAACAUUAGAAUAUAAAAACCCUUCUUGUGAUUCUAUGCAAGGGAGAGGGCAGAGGAAGGGGAAGGAUUUCUGCUGUUGUCUACGUUGAGUUGUAGGAUAGGAUCUUGAUCUGUGAAUUGGUAGUGUAGUGUGGUUCCUGUCAAGGCGGAAUAUUGUGCUGAGGGUUCUAUUGAAGCUAAGGUUCAUGUUUCAGAUAGAUGUAAGGGUGUUUGAGGAGAAAGAAUAUUUGCCUCAGCAUGCUAUUCUUUAUUGUGCCCCUUCUCUUUUAUCUGCCACAUUUGGUGUGCAAACAUACCAGGAGUUGCAUCAUCCAUGAUCUGUCCGGGAUUCCACAUGAAUACUACCAACCUGGUGAUCUUAUUGUUGGAGGCCUUGCUUCUCACCUUUUUUCUGCUUUUGACAAAGAAGACUUCAGAGAAAGGCUAACUACCCAUCAACUUCUUAAUACCUUGUAAAGACUUCAUAUGUCAGAUAAUACAGAAACAUUCCUAAGCUCUAGCCAGGCUUACUCAGAAGCAAGUGCCACUGGUUUCAGUGGGAUUUACUUCCAGGCAGAGGUGGUGGUGGGGAACUAUUGCUAAGCUGAAGAGUUACCUAGUUAAGAUGGAAAGCCCUUCUGUGUUCUGAAUAUUGAACUUCACCUCAGGAAGUUUGGGCUGAGAGCUCUUAAGAGGUGGGGUUUCAAGACCCCCAGAUGUUCACAUCCAAGUGAGGCAAGGCUUAUAGGAUACUCCUAGUUAAAAAGAUGUCACAGGUUUGGAAAUUAUGAGAACUACUCCAUUAAGCUAGGCUACCUACUUCUCUGCAUUUUGAUACGCGGUUUUAAUUGGAUCAAAUCAGUACCUGUAUAUAAAUGUUUUGUAUAUUUCUGUGUUUUGUGGUUUAAAAAUGCUUUCUAUCCUCUGUUGAAGGUCUCUGUUUAUGUCAGUGUGUGAGUGUCAAAGUUUGGUGUUUUUGCUCUUAAUGUUGUGCAGACCUGUUCAGUUAUAGCUACUUGGUGAUAGGAAGACAGGAAGGGGAAAGAGAUUCAAUUGCAUUUAAUAUUUAUAGGCAGGGCCUGGAACAGGUACAUUCAUUCUGCUUGGCCUUGGGAACAACAGACAGUCAUUGGCUGAAGGUUCUGAACAGUGAAGAAAUGGCAGUUAUCUGUCAGUUGGGAGAAGUAAUGAGUGAGGUGUGAGGCAAAGACAAGAGAAAGCUGAGGUAAAAGUGGACAACUGAGACUUAAAUAGUUAGUAUUAUCCCUAAAUGUCAGAUUUGUUGUAGGAAGACUGAACAAGUGAGCUGGCAUGUCUUUAGUUAGAAGGUUCUAUUUCUUACCAGAAGAAUGCCAUAAAAGCAGGUUUCUUAAGAGCUCAACUGUUCAGGGCAGCCAGAACACAAUUGGCUAAAUGCUGGAGGUCAGAGGCAGACUGGUCCAGCUGCUAGGUACACCCAGCAGGAACUGGGCAAAAGUGGCUGUUCAGGGAAUUUGGGCUGAUGUAAUAAUUUUCAGAGACUGCUGUCAGCAACAGAUCUAGUUCCUGCAGUGUUAUGCCAAUGCCAUGUGACCUUAUCACCUUAAUGGUCAAUAACCAGACAAGACAGCAAAAUAUAAAUUGGGUUCAAAUAGGCUGAAACUUUAUUGAUGACAACAGAAUGGUCAUAUAGGCAUUGAUAUAGCUGUUUCUCAUCCCAGGCUUUCAAUAAGCAAGAGUGCAUCUAAUGGCAACUACAUCUGCACUUGGAGAAGUACUAUUGCCCUAGCCCCACCCCGGGCAAAUUUGGCAGAUCCUUUAACAAGAUGCCCUUAAACCAGGGAAGAGACACAACCAGCCCACAAGCCAAGACUAACAUUUCACCCAAACUUCAGAAGCUGGUGUAGGCUUCUUGCCAGAGAAGGAAGUUACAGGGAACCAGGCAGAGGACCUUCUCGGUAGUGGCUCCUGCCCUGUGGAACAUCCUCCCAGAGGAUGUCAAGGCAAUAAGCAACUAUCUUACUUUUAAAAGACAUCUGAAGGCAGCCCUGUUUAGGGAAGUUUUCAAUGUUUAAUGCUGUAUUGUGUUUUUAAAGAGUGGCUGGGAAAACCCAGCCAGAUGGGUAGGGUAUGAAUAAUAAAUUAUUAUUAUUAACACCAUCUCUUGAAUCUUUACAUAGUGUUGUCAAGUAUAUGUAUGACCCAAAAGUAUCAGUAUUCCCUUAUUAGAGAUAGAGGCAGGAUUCAAAUCAGUUCACAUUUAAAUGUGAACCUACCAAAAUUAGCAUGCUCUAAAAAGAUAACAAAACCAAAAAACAACUAUCAUUUGAAAUUUAUACAAUGCAUUCUUUUAGGGAAAAUUGAUUUGCGGAUAUGUGUAUACUAGGGAACUAUUUGCAGUAAAAUACAAAAGAAUAAUUCUGAAGCCCUUUUUAAAAAUUGCAUAGCAUAUUUUCCAAGGGUGCAGCUUAAAAUUCUCUUUGCAGUGUGGUGGCAAGGAACUACCAGCAUAUUCUAGCUUUGGUGUUUGCUGUCAAGGAGAUCAAUGAGAACCCCAAGAUCUUACCUAAUAUCACCCUGGGAUUCCAAAUCUAUGACAGUUACUUCAGUGAAAGGAUGACUUACACGGCCCCUCUGAACCUUCCCUCCACACUUGUCCCCAACUACAAGUGCCACACCCAGAAAUAUCUGAUGGCAGCUAUUGGGGGACUGGACUUUGAUACCUCCCUCCAAAUGGCAGACAUUCUGGACAUUUACAAGAUCCCCCAGGUAAGAUACCACCUUGGCGACUUCAUACUUAUUUACCAUCCUAUUUUCUAUCCAGAAAGGUUUUGUACAGUAGAGAAGGAAGCUGCUAUCCUCAAAGCUGCUAUCCUCAGAGCUGGGACUCAGACCAUCAGGAGGCAGUUGUGCACACAUUGUGGCACUUGAGUGGGAUUCUGUGCAUUAGUGGAUUGAUAGAUGUGUGGAAAGGAAGUUAAGACACCAUGAAAUGAGAAGCUGAAAUGCAGUGAUGAAGAAAAAGGGAUGAAAUGGAGAAAGAAAAUGGAGGAGAGGAAAGUAGCAGUGCAGGAAACCAAGGACUACAAACUCAAGAAGGAAAAAUGGGGGGGCCGGGAGAAGAGGUAAAAAGGAAUGCAAGGAAGUAGGCAUGCGGGGGUGGCAGAGGAUGAGGCAGAAGCUAAGAAGCUCCAUGGAGGCAAGAUAUGCUGCCCUUCCCAGCUUUCUGGAACCUGCCUUCUUAAGGCAACUGGCUCAUUUCACCUUCUGUGUGGUCAGGCCCUCAAUGGACAUAUGCAGUCUGUCUUCCACAUUUACAGAUUAUGCUUCUUUAUUUCCUUCUAGCUCACUUAUGGCUCCUUUACUCCAGAGGAUGCUGAUCAAAGCCAAUCCACUUCCUUCUACAGGAUGGUGUCAAAUGAAGCCCAUCAGUACACUGGGAUUGUUGAGUUACUUCUGCACUUUGGUUGGACCUGGGUUGGAUUGCUUGCUAGUGGAGACAGUGGAGAGAGAUUUAUUCAGACACUGAAACCUCUGCUCUACCAGAAAAGUAUUUGCUUGGCCUUCUCAGAGACAACCCUGAAAACGACAUAUUUGGCUGAGUACUAUGUCAUGUAUUUCCACUGGGUCCAAAUUUAUCAAGCUAUUAUGGAAAGUAAAGCCAUGGUGGUGGUUGUCUAUGGAGGAACAAGGUCCAUGCUUGCCUUGCGAUCAGUGGUAGCACUAGGUUUACUGGAAAAUGUGACCGAAACCUCUGAGGGCAAGGUGUGGAUUCUGACAGCACAGCUGGAUUUUGCAGCAUUAACCUAUCAAAUGAGCAUGGAUAUGCAAGUCUUUCAUGGUUCCCUCUCCUUUACAUUUCAUUCAAAUGUGGUGCAAGGUUUCAAAGCCUUUCUUCAGGCACAAAAUCCUUUUGAGGAAGAUGGAAAUGGCUUUGUCAAGCAGUUCUGGGCACAAGUAUUUCUCUGUUCAUUUCCAAACUCCAGUACAGAGGAGCAGGCCAGUGGAACCUGCACUGGAGAGGAGAAACUGGAAGAUCUCCCUUCAUCUGCAUUUGUGAUGAGCAUAACUGGCCACAGCUACAGUCUCUAUAAUGCUGUCUAUGCAACGGCACAUGCUCUACAUGCCAUGUUAUUGUCCAGGACCAAAUACAGGGCAGCAGUGGAAGGAGGGAUGCAGGAGCUUCAGAAAUUCCAGCCUUGGCAGGUAAUUCUUUUCAUGAGAUACAUUUUAUUUGACCUGGGCAGUGAUACAUAAAACAGUACAGUGGUACCUCAGGUUAAGUACUUAAUUCGCUCCGGAGGUCUGUACUUAACAUGAAACUGUUCUUAACCUGAAGCACCACCUGAAGCACCACUUUAGCUAAUGGGGCCUUCCGCUGCCAGAGCAUGAUUUCUGUUCUCAUCCUGAAGCAAAGUUCUUAACCCGAGGUAAUAUUUCUGGGUUAGUCUGUGACCUGAAGCGCAUGUAACCCGAGGUAACACUGUACCCUGAAAAAAAUCAAGCUUCAAUGUAAGACCAUAUUCUCCCCUUGUGUGCAGAGAAGCUGCUCAUUAAGGACUAGCAUAGUGAAAUAUCAGGCCACAUUGCUUACAGCUGUUAAGCAGGAGGACCCAAUCCUGCACUAUCCUCCUUUUUUGUGAGCAACUUCCUUUGUGUGCAUGGCAAAACAUGCAGCAACCAGAAGCAUUGAAAGACACACUGUAAAACCUUAAAAUAUGCCCUUUCCAGUGAAUUCCAGAAGAUCCCACUUCCCUAGCACAAAAAUCGAUCACAUGCUUAGCAGGUCCUACAUGGUUUACUUAUAAAACUCUUCAAAGUUCAAAGGUUUUUUGGAACACAGCACUCAGAAAAAAGUUGCAGAAGCCGAAGACAUAGCUUGGUUACAAAAUGGCAAAAGUUCCUAAACUUUUUAUUGGUAUAGAAAGUGGUAGUUUCAGACUACAUUCUUUUCUGAAAGAAGUGGCUUCUUAAAUCCAUCUGGCUGUAAGGAACAGCUCAGAACUCCACUCAAACCAAAUUCACACACAGAGUAAGCAGAACAGAAGGCUUUGUUGCCCAUUUCCUCCCAAGGUAAGAGGAAGUGACAUAGGCCAAGCCUGUCAGGACACUUUACAGCAUUAAACCCUUUAUGUAUGUAUUACAAGACAUUGCGUUACUUCAAAGUUACUCUUUUUCUUUCAAUGCAGCUCCACCCCUUUUUAGAGUGUCUCCUUUAACAACUCUGCUGGGGAAACGGUAUCUUUAGUGCGAACAGGGAAGUAGAAGCUGGCUUUGAUGUUACCAACCUGGUCACUUUCCCAAAUAACUCCUUCAUGAGAGUCAAAGUUGGAAGGGUAGGUGGGGAGGCUGCCACAGGCCAGGAAUUCACCCUUGAUGACAACAGAAUGGUGUGGCACAGAAGCUUUCACCAGGUGAGGCAUAAUUCCUACAUCCUUGAGAGAUGGGAAAAGAGAAUGUUAUUCUACUUACAGAUCAUCAGUCCAGCACAUACCUGCCUUUCCAGCCAGAUUCGAAACAUUUUCCUCUGCACUGCUUAAGAAUAAUAGAAUCUUAGAGUUGGAAGUCAUCCUGAAGGUCAUGUGGUCUGGGAUACAGGAAUCUCAAUGUAAGAUGAUCUGGCUGGCUCAGAUCAAUGCCCAACUAGUGCAGAAUAUUGCCAUUGGCCAGUCUUGUCCAGCAUCUGGAUAUGGCAUGUGGCUUUUGGCUUGGGGCUCUUUUCGUCCAAGUGUGUUUCAUGAGUCUGUUGGGAAGAAGCAGGUGUUUCCUGCUUGCAGUUCAAAUGCAUGAUGGUUGAAAAUAAUAACAUCAUGGCCCUGCAACUACUAACUUGGAACUGUCACGGUCUAAAUUCCCCUCAGAAAAGGAAAUCAGUAUUUCAUAUAUUAAAAAAGGAACAAUUAGACCUAAUUUGUUUACAAGAAACACAUAUAACAAGAUUACACAGGAAAUUAUUGAUAAAUAAAAGACUUGGUCAAGAGUUUAUUUCAUCGGACAAAGUUAAAAAAAGAGGGGUUGUGAUUUAUGCAAAGGACAGAUUAUCACCGAAAUUUGUAUUUAAAGAUGACCAAGGAAGAUUUGUGGCAAUUGAAAUUCAAACACAAGGAGAAAAAUUUUUGAUAGUAGGAAUCUAUGCACCAAACGACGGGAAAUCUGAUUUUUUUAAGAAGUUGCACGAGACCCUGAUGGACCAUAUGGAUUAUAACAUGAUUUUGAUGGGAGAUAUGAAUGGAGUGGUAUCCACAUAUAUGGACAAGGCACAAAGACAGGUAGUCACCAAGGAUGGUAGACUACCGAAAACUUUUUUUGACAUGACAGACAACUUGGACUUAGUUGACAUUUGGAGAAUAAGAAAUCCCAUGGCUAAAGAGGGAACCUUCUUCUCUGAAGCCAAAAUGACAUGGACAAGAAUUGACCAAAUUUGGAUAACUAGAGGAAUGGCACCAAAGACAAGAAAGGUGGAAAUCUGCCCGAAAACUUGCUCCGACCAUAAUGCUGUUAAGAUGGAAAUGAGACUAACACCAACUGGCUCCUUCAGAUGGAAGAUGAAUGACACCUUAUUUAGAGAUGAUGAACAACUUAAGAAGGCCCAAAAAACUUUGAGAGAUUAUUUUGAGAUAAACCUCAGUACCAACGUGGAGAAAAGAGUAAUCUGGGACGCUAAGUAAAGCGGUUAUGAGAGGGUUCUUAAUACAACAGAAUGCAAUAAAGAAAAGAACUCAAAAUGAGAAGAAGGAUAAGAUAAUGGAUAAAAUAAAGGAAUGUGAAAAAAGACUGAGAGUAAACCCCAAAUCUCAAGAGAUUUUGAGAGAGUUAAAGUUAUACCAAGUACAAUAUAUGAAAAUGAUGAAUCAGGAAAUAGAAUGGAAAAUUAAACAAAUGAGACAAAAGACUUUUGAGUCGGCCAAUAAAUGUGGUAAACUGUUGGCAUGGCAAAUGAAAAAGAGACAAAAAUUAAAUACAAUUACGAACUUAGAAGUGGAAGGAAGAAACAUACAGAACCCUGCAGAGAUCAGAAGUUGUUUCCAGAGGUACUUUAAACGAUUAUAUACUCAAGGGCCACUGAAAGAAACAGACUUAGACCAAUUUUUGAAAACAAAUGGAUUACAAAAAAUAUCUCAAGAAAACAAAUUAAUUUUGAAUCAUAGAAUAACUGAACAGGAAAUAGAAGGUGCCAUUCAAAACAUGCAAUUGGGUAAAUCUCCAGGACCAGACGGCUUGACCUCUAGAUACUACAGAUCUUUAAAAGAAUGGUUAAUUCAACCAUUGAAAGAGGUCUGCAAUGAAAUAAUGGAAGGAAAAAGAGCACCAGAGUCGUGGAAAGAAGCAUAUAUUACACUUGUACCAAAAACAGAGACUGAAAAGACACAGCUCAAGAACUACCGCCCUAUAUCGUUACUGAAUGUGGAUUACAAAAUUUUUGCAGAUAUUUUGGCUAAGAGAUUUAAAAAAGUGUUGAUGGAAGAGAUUCAUAAAGACCAAGCGGGCUUUCUCCCAGGAAGACAUUUGUCUGACAAUUUGAGGAAUAUAAUUGAUAUUUUGGAAAAAUUAGAAGUGAAUAUAAACACUAAAGCAGUUUUGAUAUUUGUAGACGCGGAGAAAGCCUUUGACAAUAUUUCUUGGAAUUUUAUGAAGAAGAAUCUACAGGGUAUGGGGGUAGGCCAAGGUUUUGAGAAUGGUAUAGGUGCAAUUUAUUCAGAACAAAAGGCUAAACUAAUUGUAAAUAAUGUUGUGACGGAAGAACUUAAAAUUGAAAAAGGGACACGACAAGGUUGCCCAAUUUCCCCACUUCUUUUUAUUUCGGUCCUGGAGGUUCUGCUGAAUAUGAUUAGAAGGGACCAGUCGGUUAAAGGUAUACAGGUCGGAACUAAACAGUACAAAUUGAGAGCAUUUGCAGAUGACUUAGUAUUGACGUUACAGGAGCCAGAAUCUAGUACUAAAAGGGUUUUAGAACUGAUUCAAGAAUUUGGUCAAGUGGCAGGAUUUAAAUUGAACAAGUCAAAAACCAAGGUUUUAGAGAAAAAUUUAACACCGUUUGAAAGAGAGAGGUUUCAGAAUGAGACAGGUUUAACAGUGGUUAAGAAAGUUAAAUACCUGGGGAUUAACAUGACAGCAAAAAUGGGAAUUUAUUUAAAGAUAAUUAUGAAAAAUGUUGGUCUGAAGUGAAAAAGACUUAGAAAUUUGGUCAAAUUUGAAGCUUUCACUGCUAGGCCGUAUUGCUGCGAUAAAAAUGAAUGUAUUGCCUAGAAUGUUGUUUUUGUUUCAAACUUUGCAGAUUGUUGACAAAAUGGAUUGUUUCAAGAGGUGGCAGAAAGAUAUUUCUAAAUUUGUCUGGCAGGGCAAGAAGCCCAGAAUAAAAUUUAAAAUUCUAACGGAUGCAAAGGAAAGAGGCGGAUUUGCCCUGCCAGACCUCAAACUUUACUAUGAAUCAGCAGCCUUUUGCUGGUUGAAAGAAUGGCUACUUCUUGAAAACACUGACAUUUUGGACUUGGAAGGUUUUAACAAUGUAUUUGGAUGGCAUGCAUAUUUGUGGUAUGAUAAGGUCAAAGCACAUAAAGCAUUUAGAAACCACAUUGUCAGGAAAGCGCUAUUUAAUGUUUGGAUAAGAUAUAAGGAUUUGUUAGAAAACAAAACCCCAAGGUGGCUGUCACCAAUGGAAGUGAAAGCCUUGAGAAAGGUCAAUAUGGAGGUCAAAUGGCCGAAAUAUUGGGAAAUUUUGGAACAAGACGGAGAUAGACUGAAAUUGCAGAGUUUUGAAAACUUAAAAACAAAGUGCGAGACUGGCUUCAUUAUUAUCAGAUAAUGGAGGCAUUUAAAUUGGACAAGAAAAUUGGCUUCCAGGUGGAAAGAUCAAAAUUAGAAACAGAACUGUUAGAACCCAAAACUAAGAAUUUGUCAAGAAUGUAUAACUUGCUGCUGAAAUGGAAUACUCAGGAUGAAACGGUAAAAUCGGCUAUGAUUAAAUGGGCACAGGAUGUUGGACAUAACAUUAUGUUUGCUGACUGGGAACAGCUAUGGACCACAGGUAUGAAAUUUACGGCAUGUAAUGCCUUAAGAGAGAAUAUUAUGAAAAUGAUAUACAGGUGGUACAUAACCCUAGUCAAGCUUGCAAAAAUUUAUCAUUUGCCCGAUAAUAAAUGUUGGAAAUGUAAAGAAACUGAAGGUACAUUUUUUCACCUUUGGUGGACGUGCCCAAAGAUUAAGGCUUUCUGGGAAAUGAUAUAUAAUGAAUUAAAAAGGUAUUUAAAUAUACCUUCCCUAAGAAACCAGAGGCCUUUCUCCUGGGCAUAGUCGGCCAAAUGGUGUUAAAAAGGAUAGAACUUUCUUUAUGUAUGCAACAACAGCAGCAAGAAUACUCAUCGCAAAGUAUUGGAAGACACAAGAACUUCCCACGCUGGAGGAAUGGCAGAUGAAACUGAUGGACUAUAUGGAACUGGCGGAAAUGACUGGCAGAAUCCGUGACCAGGGAGAAGAGUUGGUGGAGGAAGACUGGAAGAAAUUCAAAGAUUAUCUUCAGAAACAUUGCAAAAUUAAGGAAUGUUAGAGUGAUGUUGGAUUGAAAAUAAGUGGUUUCCAGCUGUACAGGUUAAAGUUAUUGAUAGACUAAGAUUAAAGAUUAGGAUUAAAGAUGUUUAAGGAAAUGGAAAUUUGGUACUUAAGAGGUAAAAUUUAAUGUUAUAUUACAUUAAGAUUAAAGAUUAGGAUUAAAGAAGUCUAAGUGUUAUAUAUUAUAUUAAGAUUAAAGAUUGGGAUUAAAAAAGUGGAAAAGAAAUUGCUGGACAAACAAUUUGGAUUGGAAUACAAAAGAGGGAGGUAUGAGGAAGUCCAGAAAAUAAGUAAAUUCAAAUACGGAAAUGGAAAAGAGAUAUUGUUUUUAAUUGUUAUGUUUCCUUUUUUAUUGUUGAUUCUUGCUUUUUGUGUUUUUUUUUUGUUUUUUUUUCCUCUGGGAUUUGCAUUGUGUAUUUGUGUAUCUUUUUUAUGUUUUUUUCUGUUUAAUUUUUGAUUGAAACCUUAAUAAAAAUUAUUCAAAAAACAACAACAAAAAAACAAACAAAUGCAUGAUGGUUGAGAAGGAAGUAGGGGCUGUGAAGGUUUGUGGGUAGCUAUUCUUUGUCAUCACGUGUAGAAUGAGGAAAGGGACUUCUUAGAUCGGAGAAGAAUCAUCCCUCCCCAAGAUGGCUUGCCUGGCACCUCCCUACAUAUUUAUAGGCACCAGGCGAAAACAUUCCCAAGCCAUUGGUGAAUUAAACUAUUUAUGGUCUUUCAAACUGGGAUGUUACUGUUUCUGUUUGUCAUGCUUUCCCUUUUUAUGUUUUUAUAAUGUAAACUGCCCUGUGGCAUGGUAUAAUAAAUAAAUAACUAAAUAACUAAAUAAAUGAGGUUCUGAAAGUGGCCAACCAGAUGCUUGUAGGAAACCCGCAAAGAGAACAUGAUCAUAAGACCUCUCUCCCCUUUUGUGGUUUCCGACAACUGGUAUUCAGCACCAUACUGCCUCUGACCAUUGAGUAAAUGCAUUCCCUCCACCAAGGAUGGUAGCCUCUGAUAGGUUUCUCUUCCAUUAGUUUUUCCAAUCAUCUUUUAAAGUCAGCUAAGUUGAUGCCCAUCAAUGUCUCCUGUAGAAUUGAAUCUCAUAGUUUUAGCUAUACUGUGUGAAAAAGUGCCCCAAUCAAUCAAAAAUUAACUUCAUUGGAUAUCUCUGAGUUCUAGUAUUAUGAGAGAGGGAGAAAAGCUUUUCCUUACCCUCUUCCCCAUUAUCUACAUGAGCAGGUUUCACCCCUUUCGCUAUGUAACCCAAGUUGCCCUCCUGGUUCCAGGAAGGAAAAGAAGGAGGGGGAGCCAUUCUGCUGCUAUGAUUGUGUUCCGUGUCCUCAAGGCAAGAUUUCAUCCCAUAAGGGUAAGAGUCACCGGAUAUAUAAUCUUCCAACCGUAUGUCAUGUUAGAAGUUGAGGAAAAGGAUAAAUAAAUUAGUGGUGAUGUGUGCAUUUUUGUACUUAUUGUUUUAAUGGAGAACUGCAUUACAAAUGUUUAGAGAAGUACACAUUUUUAAGGGCAUCUGUACUUUGGUCAAUGUGUUUGCUCAAGGAGUGCAAUGUAGAUAGCCUUCUCAUUCAAGUGGCAUAAAAAAAAAAAUCCCCUCCAUCCCUAUUGACAGAUAGCCCCCACGAAGGAAUAUGGACCUUCCCCAAAAAAAGAAAUGGUUUGACGCCCAUUAUCUAAUUUUUGUUACAGGGUAAGAUACAGCAGGCAAUUUUGAACUAAAUGCACCAGUGAUAUGACUUCGUAUGAGACACCUUCUUUAAUUCAGGCAAUAACAAAUAAACAUGUCUAUGAAUGAUGCGUGAUCGUACAACCGGGCGCAGUGGAAUGCGUUCAACCAAGUAUGUGGGGGUAGAAUGGGGCUGGGAAUGGAACCCCUGUGCAAAAAGGUCAUGGACUGUACCUGUUCUGAACAAUAACAAUGUGGUUUAUGUGGAGUUAGCAAGCCAUCACAGGACACCCCACAUAACCCAACACAAAGGUUGAGGUGGGAUUCUGAUGCAUCACUUUCAAUCUGGUUACUCUAGAAAUAUCUGUGAUAACUACAAUUUAACCUUAUGCGUUCAAUACUCACAGCAGUAGUUGCUCUCUAACACAUCCAAAAUCUGAAUGUAUUACUUUCUUUCCAGACAUGGAAGAUUGCGUUGGGUGCCCCAAAGACCACUAUCCAAACAUGGAACAAUCGCAAUGCAUUCCAAAGACCAUCAGCUUCCUGUCUUUUAAAGAGCCUCUGGGGAUGAGCUUAGCAUUGUUGGCUCUUUCUCUCUUUCUCCUCACAAUAUUAGUCCUAGCCAUCUUUAUUAAACAUCAGGACACACCCAUUGUCAGAGCAAACAAUCGGGACCUCACCUACACUCUCCUCACUUCCCUCCUCCUCUGCUUUCUCUGCCCAUUGAUCUUCCUCAGCCCUCCAGAAAGAGUGAGCUGCCUGCUCCGACAAAUGGCCUUUGGCCUUGUUUUCACAGUGACCGUUUCUUGUGUGCUGGCCAAGACUAUCACGGUGGUUCUGGCCUUUGUGGCCACCAAACCAGGAUCCAGAAUGAGGAAAUGGGUGGGGAAAAGACUUGGAAGUGCCAUUGUGCUUUCUUGUUCUCUUAUCGAAGCUGGCAUUUGCACUGUGUGGUUAGGAACCUCUCCCCCAUUCCCUGAUUCUGACAUGCACUCAGUGAAGAGAGAAAUCAUUCUAGGCUGCAACGAAGGGUCAGUUGCCCUGUUUUACUGUGUCCUGGGCUACAUGGGCUUUUUGGCCAUUAUCAGCUUUGUUGUGGCGUUUUUUGCCAGGAAACUUCCUGAGAGCUUCAAUGAGGCCAAAUUCAUCACCUUCAGCAUGUUGUUGUUUUGUAGUGUUUGGAUUUCCUUUGUUCCGGUCUACCUGAGCACCAAGGGGAAAUACAUGGUGGCUGUGGAGAUCUUCUCCAUCUUGGCCUCCAGUGCUGGGAUACUGGGCUCCAUCUUUGCUCCCAAAUGCUACACCAUUGUGUUGAGGCCGGAUCUGAACAGCAAGGAGCAGUUAAUAAAGAGGAAAUAAUAAAUUAUCCCAUCACCUUUGUGGGGUUUUUCCUACCAAAAUAUGAGCAAUGUAAUCUCUCUUUAUCCACCCCAUUCAGUUAUGUUGUGCCAGACAUAGCUCACUUUGGGAUCGAAGUGGUAAUCAGGCCUCUUGCUCUCCUUCACUUUACCUGAGAAGCACAACAUUUUAGGUCUGAGCUGGUUUCCUCAUACUCAGACCACCUGGUUCUUAGAAGCCUCCCUUGCAUUCCUAUAUCAAGAAUUUGGAACUUUCAGCAUUGUAAAUAAGCCUUGUUUUGCUGCCUGUGUUUUCUGACUGUUGUGUGGGAAAGCACAUGAACUUUGCCUUUGAAGAGUUUAUAAGUAUUACCAGUUCUUAACUUAACAAAUGUGUGGUCGUAUUCUAUGCUAAGGGAAGAGGGAGGUCAUAUUUUAAAGGUCUAGCAAACUAUAUUUCCCCACUUCAAUUUGCUGCAUAUUUUGUGAUUUAAAAUCUCGGGUGGAAAUCUCUCACCAAAGAGUUUGUGCCCCAAACCUGGAUCUUGGCAUCCAGAGCAUUCUCCUUUGUUGAUACCUAUUUUUCCUUCCUACCAACACAAACCACGUACAAAACUCAGCCCUUUUCACCAUUCUUUUGUCUUGGCAUAAUUGUCAUGAAACUAAUGAACUGGUGUUCAGGUGGGAAAUUUUGGGAGGUCAGAUUAAUCAUUUGCACCGGUCAGCAUUAAUAAGAGACUGGCUAACUGUUCUUCUCUUCCUCAUUGCUAUUAAUUCUGCAUGCCCUUUUGUUGUCCCAUAAACAGACAGAAACCACUUUGGAUGAAAAAUCAGAAGCAGGGUUUUUUUUUUGCUCAUUUUCUGAGAGCUUGUUAUUACCUCACCUGUAAUUAUCACUCUCAGCAUGUCUAAGUCUCCCUUGGAUAAUGUCUCAGUAGAUUUCCAGGGAAUACUAACCAAUGUCAAAACAUGGGUAUUAUAACAUCUUCCUGCCAUUCUUUACAAGGGAGAGGACAGAGGAAGAGGAAGGAUUUUCACUUUUCUUUCAAUCAACUUGUAAAAUAAGAUUUUAAUUUGUGAAUUGUUAGAGAAGUGCUGUUCAUGACAAGGCAGAAUAUUGUACUGAGUGGUUGUUAAGCAAGGUUCAUGUGCUGGAUGGAAAUAAGGGUGUUUUAUGGGAAAGAAUAUGUGCUUCAGUAUGCUGCUGUUUAUUGUGCCCCUUCUCUUUCAUCUGCUACAUUUGGUGUGCAAUCAGACCACGAGUUGCACCAUCCAUGAUCUGUCCAGCAUUCCACAUGAAUACCACCUACCUGGUGAUCUUAUUGUUGGCGGACUUGCUUCCCACCUCCUUACUGCUUUUGAUGAAGAAAACUUCAAAGAGAGGCUAACUAUCCAUCAACUUCUUAAUAACUUGUAAAGAAUUCAAAUGUCAAGUAAUCAGCUGAUACUGAAAUAUCCCUCAGCUCUAACCAGGCUUAUUUAGAAGCUAGUUCCACUGAUUUCAGUGGAAUUUACAUCCAGGCAGAUGGUGUGGGGGUAUUUACAAAGCUGAGGAGUUGGCUUGGAAGAAGGGAGAUGCAGAUCUGAAUGUGUCAGUGAGAUGAGAGAACCUGGUCUUGUUGAUGUGUUCUCUCCUCCCCACAACCCACCAAACCUCUUCGAAGUAGAGGUUAACAAGAGAACUCACAGAGUAAACCUCCCUAGUUUAAGAUGGAAAGCCCUUCUCUGUUCUUAAUGCUCACCUCAGAAAGUCUCAUGUGAGGGGUCUUAAAGGCUCACUUCUCCUUUGAGGUGGCACUCAAAGAGCCCCUGAUGUGCUCAUCUAAAUCAAGCUAGACAAUUGUGUUUAUAAUUUAUAGACAGGGCCUGGAUCAGAUAUAUUCAGACUGUAUUCAGCUGAAGGUAGUGAUCAGUGAAGAAAUGUCAGUUAACUGUCAGUUGGGAGAAGUUCUGAGGGAGGUGUGUGUUCCAAUUGAGCAGUAAAGAUCAGGUUUUCUGGGAGGAAAAUGUCAGGACUAGGGGAAGUCUGAAUGAGCCCUACAUUAAGCCAAAAUGCUGCUCAGUUCAUACCAGAAGAACACUAUAAAAGCAGAUUUCUUAAAGGAGCUCAGCUGUCCAAGUAGGCAGGAACAUAAUCUGAGGAGUUUGCCAGUCAGAGGAAAACUGUACCUAGCUGCUCAACUAAUCUGUGUGUGAACUGGACAGGAGGGGAAGGCUUAGGGAAGUUGGUAUGAGAAAAAGAUUUAGAUGCUGGUGUCCGCAAGAAUAUCUCUUCUAUCUUCAAGAAGCCUUGUCAAGUAUAUGAUGGACCCCAAAGUAAACAUCAAUAUUCCAUUAUUGGAAAGGGGAUAAUUCUAAUCAGUUCAUAUUUAAAUAUGAAACUACUAAAAAAAAUGUUCUUAAAAUAUAUCAGAAAUAAAACACAGACAUCAUUUGAAUUUCACAUUUCUCCGAAUUGUUCAAUGCAGUUCUCCAGCUAAACAAUAUAAACAAAAAUGAAUAUUGGUGCAUAUAUUAAUGCAUAUAUUAGUGUAAGUGGAAUACAAGUGGAAUACAAUGCAUUCCUGUGGGGAAAUUCUUCUGCAGAUAUGCGGAUAUUAGGGCACAAUUUGCACUAAGAUACUGAGGAUUCAUACAGAAGCCCAUUUUUAAAGAAUAAUGCAUAGGAUAUCCCCCAAUGAUACAGCAUAAAAUUCUUGUUUCAGUAUUGUUCCAAAGAACUACCAGCAUAUUCUGGCCUUGGUAUUUGCUAUCAAGGAGAUCAACGAGAACCCAAAGAUCUUACCCAAUAUUACACUGGGAUUCCACAUCUAUGACAAUUACUUUGAUGAAAGGAUGACCUACCAGGCUGCUCUGAAAUUUCCCUCCACACUUAUAGCCAACUACAAGUGCAACAUCCAGAGACACCUGGUGGCAGUUAUUGGGGGACUGGACUUUGAUACCUCCAUCUACCUGGCAAACAUCUUGGGCAUCUACAAGAUUCCCCAGGUAAGAUACUGCCUUGGGCAUUUCACACUCAUUCACCAUGAUAUUUUCUAUCCAGAAAGGAUUUGUAUAAUAGAGAAAUAGUUGUGAGAGACAAAGGAGAGUGAUUCUGCCCUUCACAAAAAGUGUUCCCAGUGUGCUUUGCACAGUUAAAUACAAUGCAUAGCAUCAAAUUGUCAGUGUAUAUGGAUGAAGAGAAGGUAAUGGGAUGGUGGAAGAGUGCUCAUCUCACCCCACUUCCUUGUCCACACACACCUAAAAAAAUGUAUCCAAAUUCCAUUCGGCUGACUGACACCCUCUCACCUUUGCUACAUGGCCUACUGGUUGGAGACUGAAGCUGCUCUCUUGCAAAGUUGGAAGCCUGCCUAUAAGGAGUCAGCUGCCCACACAUUGUGGCACUUGAUGGGGAUUCUGUGUGUUAGUGAUUUGAGAGAGGAAGGGAAGACGCCAUGAAAUCAGGAGCUGAAAUGCUGCACUGAAGCAAAGCAAAAGAAACGGGAGAAGAAAGCAGCAACAUAGGAAGGCAUAGAGGAAAAAGUGGAGAAAGAAAAGGAGGAGGGAGGAGAGGGAAGCAGGAGUGCAGGAAACUGGGCGUGCAGGGGUGGCAGAGAAGGAGGUGGAGUCUGAGAAACACAGGGUGCAAUCUGCCACCCCCCCCCAGCUUUCUGGAACCUGCCUUCUUAAGGCAACUGGCUCAUUUUGCCUCCUGGGUGGGAAGACCCUGGAUGCACAUACCUAGUCCAUUUGCAAUAAUAGAUGAUGCUCCUUUAUUUCCCUUUAGCUCACUUAUGGCUCCUUUGCUCCAGAGGAUGCUGAUCAAAGCCAAUCCAUUUCCUUCUAUAGGAUGGUGCCCAAUGAAGCCCAUCAGCACACUGGGAUUGUUGAGUUACUUCUGCACUUUGGUUGGACAUGGGUUGGGUUGCUUGCUGCAGAAAGUGGAGAGAGAUUUAUUCAGACCCUGAAACCUCUGCUCUCCCAGAAAGGCAUUUGCUUGGCCUUCUCAGAGACAAACCUGAAAACGACACAUUUGGCUGCGUACUAUGCCAUGUAUUUCCAGCUGAUCCAAAUUUAUCAAGCUAUUCUGGAAAGUAAAGCCAUGGUGGUGGUUGUUUAUGGAGGAACCAAGUCCAUGCUUACAUUGCGAACAAUGGUAGCACUAGGUGAAAUGGAAAUCGUGACCAAGAUAUCUGUCGGCAAGGUGUGGAUUCUGACAGCACAACUGGAUUUCACAGCAUUGAGCCAUCAAAUGAACUGGGAUAUGCAAGCCUUCCAGGGUUCCCUCUCCUUUGCAGUUCAUUCAAAUGUGGUACAAGGAUUCAAAUUCUUUCUUGAGGCACAAAAUCCUUUUGAGGCAAAUGGAAAUGGCUUUGUCAAGCAGAUCUGGGCACAAGUAUUUCUCUGUUCAUUUCCAAACUCCAGUACAGAGGAGCAGGCCAGCUGCACUGGAGAGGAGAAGCUGGAGAAUCUCCCUUCGUCUGCUUUUGAGAUGACCAUGUCUGGCCACAGCUACAGUCUCUAUACUGCUGUCUAUGCCAUAGCACAUGCUCUACAUGCCAUGUUCUUGUCCAGGACCAAAUACAGGGCAGCGGUGGAAGGAGGGAUGCAGGAGCUUCAGCCUUGGCAGGUAAUGCCUAUCAUGGGAUAUACUUUAUUAGACGUAGGCAGUGAUAUGUAA